CCCCGCUCAGCACCUCCAUGGCCGCCUCCCCUAUAUAUAGGCGCCAUGAACUCCCACUCCAACUCGUGCACAACCGAAGCUCGACGAGCUCUCAGCAGCACUGUGCUUACUGUGGUGAUCGAUAGACAUAUACUCUUGCAGUGGCCUGUUGUUCUCUUUGGGUUCAGUGAUCGAUCGCUUGCUCUGCUUUGUUCUGCUCUAACCUGUUUCUUGGCCAUGGUGGUGCUCGCGAAGCUGGCGGCGCUCGAGCAGAUCUCGCUGCUAAGGACGCCGGAACCAUGGGAGACCUUCUCGGGGGUCCCGGCGGUGGACCUGUCCGGGCCCGACGCGGCGGGGGACGUGGUGCGAGCCUGCGAGCAGUUCGGGUUCUUCAGCGUGGUGAACCACGGCGUGCCGGCUGGCGUUGUCGACCGGCUGGAGGCGGAGGCCGUCCGGUUCUUCGCGUCGUCGCAGGCGGUCAAGGACGCCUCGGCCCCCGCCGGCGCCGACCCGUUCGGGUACGGGAGCAAGCGCAUCGGCCGCAAUGGCGACAUGGGGUGGCUCGAGUACCUCCUCCUCGCCAUCGACCGUGAAGCGCUCUCUGAAAAGGCCUCCCGUGCAGCCACGUCGACCGCGCUGAGAGACGCCAUUAACGAGUACGUGGUCGCGAUGCGCGGGCUGGCGAGGACGGUGCUGGAGAUGGUUGCCGAUGGGCUGGGCGUGUCGCCGCGUGGCGCGCUGGCGGACAUGGUGACCGGUGACGCGAGCGACCAGGUGUUCCGGCUGAACCACUACCCGCCCUGCCCGCUGCUGCAGGGCCUCCCGCCCAGCUGCAGCGUCACGGGGUUCGGCGAGCACACCGACCCGCAGCUCGUCUCCAUCCUGCACUCCAACGGCACCGCCGGCCUCCAGGUGGCGCUCCACGACGGGCGGUGGGUGUCCGUCCCGCCAAACCGCGACGCCUUCUUCGUCAACGUCGGCGACUCCCUCCAGGUGCUGACUAAUGGGAGGCUGAAGAGUGUCCGGCACCGGGUGGUGGCCGGCAGCGGGCUCAAGUCGCGCGUGUCGAUGAUCUACUUCGGCGGGCCACCGCUGGCGCAGAGGAUUGCGCCGCUGCCGCAGCUGCUGGCGGGGCUGCCGCUCUACAGGGAAUUCACGUGGGGAGAGUACAAGAAGGCGGCCUACCGCUCUCGCCUCGGCGACAACCGCCUGGCCCCCUUCGAGGAGCCACCUGUCGCCGCCGGCCACCACCACUGGUCCUGAUCCACCGGCGGUCUCAACAAGAUACCAGGAGAGACCACACACCAGCUCCACCGAGGUAGCUUUGCCUAGCUUUUUUCGUGUGACGUGUCGACGUGCACAAGGCUGCUGAUUGCUCCAUCCGCCAUGAGUGACCUGGCUGCCUGUCUUUCUGUCGCUGUGGGCACAGCACGGAGACGAAGCCGAUUCCUCGAUCUCACCGAUCACUUUGGUCAAAUGUACAGUUACUAGCACUAGAGAUCGAUCCAGCUUUUGUUGUUGGUUAAUGGGCGGUAUGUCUUUUGUUGACAUGCGGUGAAAGUUGAUGUGUGUCGGAAUCUUUCCAACAGGUGUGGUUACUACUCGAGUGUGCUACUCUAUUUAUAGGAGUCUUGUGUUUGUCCCUU